AUGAUAGCAGAGAUGAGUUUCUCUGGGCAGCAAAUGAAGAAGAAGGAUUUUGUCAAAAAUUAUGCUAUAGCAAUAAGAGGAAGAGGUUCAGGUGUGGUGCUGCAGGAUACUAUUUUACGCAAGUUGGGAUUAAUAUGGAGGCUGAAAGUUCUAUCUAAAGUAAGCAUAUUUGCUUGGAGGUUAAUUUUGGGAAGGCUCCUUACUCGAGAAAAUUUGAAAAACAGAGGCAUUUUGGUAGAAGAUAGGGACUGCUGCUGUGUUUUCUGUUUCAAGGCUUUGGAGAGUUCUAACCACCUUUUCGAAUCAUGUCCUUUUACGACAAGAAUUUGGAAUAAGGUGGGAGAUUGGUUGGGUAACUCGGUUAAGAUAACGAUUGAGGAGUUAAAGAAUUUUGGAGAACAUCUUGAGAAAAUUAAGGCUUUAGAAGAGCAAUUAACUGUAGGAGUCAUUUGGUUAGCGAUAGUGUGGAACCUUUGGUUGUCGAGAAAUGCUAUUUUAUUCAAGGGUAACAUCUUUAACUUUAAUAAUGAUUGUUAUAGUGUGAUAGUUCUCGUUUCUUGGAAGUGGUUUAGAACAGUUAAUGCCUCAUCUAUGACAUGUAAUUUUCAUUAUUGGAACACUUUUCCUCUAUCUUAUAUAAAGAGGUAA